AUGAAUUCAAGUCAUUUUGAUGUCUAUAAUUCUCAGCUGUCAAAUCCUGAGAGCGUUUCAAAAGAUUCGGGCACUCUCCUUGCUUUAUUUUCUGUUGGCAUCAUUGUUGGAUCACUUGCGUUUGGAUACCUGGGUGAUCGUAUAAAGCAUCGUCAGAUAUUGAUGGUGACGGGAUUAUUUGGACUUUUGGGAUCUACAUUACUCUUAAUGUUUGCUCAAAGAUUCUGGGAGCUAUUACUAGCUAGGUUACUACAGGGGAUAUCAAGUGCAUGUGUAUGGACAUUAGGUAUGUGUCUAAUGGCAGAUCGAUUUCCUAUAGAAGAGUUAGGGACUCAGAUGGGUAGAGUAAUGGUGUUUCAUUCAACAGGGCUGUUAGCUGGACCGCCUAUUGGUGCCCUUUUUGAAGCUAAAGGCUACAGAGCACCCUUUAUCUUUUGUAUUGGAAUUGCAACUGCAGAUCUCGUGAUGCGGCUAUUUUUGAUUGAGCCCAAGAGAUGUCCUUCUGGAUCGUUUAAAACAGAGGAAAAGCAAGCUGAUGAUCAUGCUACUUCAGCCAAUGAUACGAUAGUAUCGGAUGUCAGUGACGACCAGUGUAAAGCACCAAGUAAAAACUCGGUUACGUACUGGAUACUUUUGAAGCAGCCCCGCUUACUGAAUGGUCUACUUAUGAUAUUUACCUAUAGUUUCGUCCUUGGUGCUUUAGAGGCUACAAUCAGUGUAAGAAUGGUAACAGAAUGGGGGAUGAGCUCCAAAGAGAUUGGAUUACUGUUUUUGGCAGAGAUAUUUCCUACAUUCAUUUCAGAGCCUCUUUCAGGUAUUAUAACUGAUAAAUACGGCCCCAAAGUGAUCGUAUAUCCUUUCUGGCUAUUAUGUGCGGCUUCUACUAUGCUAUUGGGUGUACCAAACAAAAAUACUAGAGGAGGUAUUGCUCCUCUGAUAGUGGUGCUUGCUAUUUCUGCAUUUUCCAGCUCUGCAUGUUUAACCCCUGUUGUGCCUGAAAUUGCCCAUGUUGUUCGAUCACAAAAUGAAGACGACAGUGAUGAUGGUAUGGGUAGAAGUUAUGGUAUGUUUAAUAUUGCAUUUGCACUAGGUGGCGUGGUCGGCCCUCUUCUUGGUGGCUAUAUUUACAGCGCUAUCGGCUUCUUUUGGCUGUUUAUUAUUAUGGGUGGUAUAUAUUUGAUAUCUGCUCCUUUCGUGUUUUAUUUUAUUGGAGAGCGUGGAGAAUUCAUUAAACGAUCUGAUAAAAAAACAGAAGCAUUGCCCGAAGAAAACAAAAAUGAUAGAGUGAAUUGUUAG